UAGGUAUGAGGGAAACUCCAAGUGUUUGGGACACUGUGAGAGCACUAUGAAGAAUCCAGGACACACCGACCCCGAGGGUAGCAAAGCUGCGACAAGACCGGCCGGUACCUCGGACACAGACAGCAGUGAUCAUGUUCAGCUGAAGGUGCCCCUCAUCCAGCAGUCCUAUCACUGGGAUUGUGGCCUGGCGUGUGCCCGCAUGGUGCUGCAGUAUCUGAACCUUCUGCGUGAGAAUGAGUUUCAGAAUGCUAUGCACGAGCUCCAACUCACCAAGAGCAUCUGGACAAUUGAUCUAGCCUAUCUUAUGCACCAUUUUGGGGUCCGGCACCUGUUCUGCACUCAGACUUUAGGGGUCGAUAAAGGUUAUAAGAACCAGUCAUUCUACAGAAAACACUUUGAUGCAGAGGAAAACAGAGUGAACCAGCUGUUUGCACAAGCCAAAUCCUGUGGAGUGAAUGUGGAAAAACGCACAGUGACCAUUCAGGAGUUACAGGAGCAUCUUUCCCAGGGACAUGUGGCCAUCGUACUAGUGAAUGCAGUGCUAUUACUGUGUGACCUGUGCCCCAGACGUGUCAAAUACUGCUGUUUUCUUCCAAUUGGGCAAAAGUGUUUCUGCAGGAGCAGUGACUACCAGGGCCAUUUUAUUGUGCUUUGUGGUUACAACAAGAGUUCUGGCAGUUUAUUUUACAACAACCCAGGAUAUGCCGACAGGUUGUGUCGGACCAGCAUCACUAACUUUGAGGAGUCGCGCAGCAGCUAUGGCACAGAUGAAGAUAUUCUGUUUGUUUAUGUGAACAGCUGACCCCUGAACUCUGCAUCAACUUUUUCUCAGGAUCGAGUACAGCACUCAGCAGGAACCUCAUUACCCACAGUCAACGCGAUAUAAAGAUAUUUAUAUAUAUAUUCUGCUUAGAAGUUAAAAUUAAAGCUCACUCUUGUGGUGGUGGAGUAGUAGUAGUCCGUGGAAAAUUGGACCAUCAUUAAUUUAUCCCUUGCCACUUGGGAAUUAAUUUAAACCAAAAAUAUGGCUAGGAUGGCCACUCAUAAUGGUCUGUUGGGUUCAGUUCAACUAUUAGGAUGGUAAGCAGGUAGCAGUUUCAGGAGGGAAAAAUGUAGAAAGGGAACAGAAUUGAUCAUGCAGCAUUUACACUGUAGCCAACUUUGCUUGGGCAACUCUGAAAGCCUCUGUAGAUAUUCAGUGCUAUCCAUAGAACUGAACGGGGUUCAGUAGAAAGGAUGAAUGAAUUGCCCAUUCUUGCACUGAUUGACCACAUUUGCUCUGUGUCUAGCUGCACGAUAGCCUUGUACGAACAGUGCUGCUAUAGGGUCACUUCCACACUCAACCAGUGACCCUGGUUAGGAAAUGUGUAUGUGGGUACGGUUUUAAUUUUUAUACUUAGAUGCCAGGGAAAGGUGUUGUCCGUAUGGGUACUAAUAACACUAUCAAUCUUAAUUUAUAGGGCUGAUCCAUUAAUGUCUGAUGUACUCAAUACUAUAGGGUGUGAAAACACUUUUCUGAUGCAAGAGACCACAAAAUGUUAAUGUACAGUUUAUAAUAAAGAUGGUUUUAUACAUAC